GUAGUGUGUGGUUGCAUACGGUAGGGAAGGGCGCAAAAACGUAUUCAGAUAUAAUUAUUGAUAAGAAUUAUUUGUGUAAAAUUAAAACAACAAAGUUAAUUUGUUUUGUUUGAUAAUUAUCUUCGGUUCGUUCUCUUUAUCGGGUUUAGAUAAAAACUGGGGUUUUCAAAUUAAAUACUUUCGAAAAAAUCAAUUUCCUAUUCAGUCAGAGGUUAGGUCUUGGGAGAAAACAGAAAAGCCGUUAAGUGAAAAUACGUUUGUUUGCUGAAAUCGCAAAAUUUUUGUUCAUUAAUUUUCUAUUUAUUUAAUAGUAUUAUAAUAUACAUAUAAAAGUAUUAUUGUAAUAAUCAGUUAAUAGGCAGCAAUCAUGGCUUCUGUGGGUGAAACCAAAAGACCAAAGGACUGUAAACUAUGUUUUGAAGAAUUGGAUGAUUUGCAUCUUGAAUCUUCCAAUCACGUUUUUAACUAUAUGCUUAGUACUUAUCAGGAAAAUAAAACUUCACUUCGGAGUGAUAGGCACGGGGUUGUGGUUGAAGUCGAUGUGCAGAAAAAAAAUGGUUUCAAUUAUAACUUUGACACCACCCAGAAAAAGACUAAGGGAAAAUAUACUUUAAAAAUGACACCAAAGGAGUUUUACUUGCACGGAUGUCAAGUGGAAUUUUCCUGUGUUAUUAAAAAUAUAAGAAGGGAAAAGAACGUUGCCAUGAUUUAUGCGGGGGUUCUGCAUCCCUAUGAGCCCUUCUCCAUGGUCGAUCCGAACAAUAAUAUGGGCAAAUUCCCAUCGUUGAAACCCGGAGGCACGUACGGCUUAAAAGUCAUCCUAAAAUUGGAUAAAUGCAACGUGAGCAAUUACGAGAUUCCAAUUUUUUUCUCGCUUCAAGCUUACAGUAAACAGAACAAAGAGUCUAUGAUGAAUUUUUCGAUUACUCGCACUAUCGUGGUCAUCAUCCAGGAGGAUAUCCUUGAACCUGACUUAUUCGAAAAAAGCCCGUUUACCCAUAACGAGUGGCAAAAAGUACAAGUGCACAAACAUAGCAAAAGAUUUCACAGAUACAUGCCUACGGACCAAUUUAAGAUUCCCCAAAAGUAUAAACGUUCUUUGGCGUUAUGGAGUUACAACCAGGAACGCAAUAUAAACCCGGCUAUUUGGCAAGAGUUUCAGGAAAAAUUAUACCCAGGAACCCUCUCCGCAGACAAUUACGCCGAUUUUUGGAAGAUUUUACUGUGGCUAGAAGAGAUAAAGACUAAAAUUGCUUUGCAGGCGUACAACAUGGAAAAAGUCACAUUGAAAUUUAUUAGCAGCUCGCAAGGUUUGCGUUUAGGGGUGCCUGGACUGGGAGAAAAACGUCCGUCCGUCAUCAGGGGCGACAAGAUCGUGAUUAAAAUACACGAUCAGGCCCAUAAGUCUUACGAAGGUCUUGUAGGACAUGUCGGUGAUAAGGCUGUCGAUAUCGUUGACUUAGAUGACGAGAUUGUGGAGUUAAUAAAGCGGGAACCGGAUACUUUGAUAGACGUAAAAUUCAUUUUGAGCCGUAUCCAUUUCGAACGGAUGCACCAUGGUGUAGAGCAGGUCGCUUUAAACGGUCUCACCCGGCAACUUUUUCCUGGCACGGAUUUGUUGAAGAAACAGUAUACGGAGCGUAUCAACUUAGGUGAACAGGACUUUCAUAACGGGGACAUAUAUAAGAACUACGAACAAAGAUUAGCCGUCACCAAAAUUGUGAACUUGUCCUCAAAAGGGGCGGCUCCCUAUAUCGUAUAUGGACCUCCAGGGACGGGUAAAACCGUAACUAUCGUCGAGGCCAUCUAUCAAUUGAAACGCAAUACCGAUUUGAAAAUCUUGGUUUGCGCGCCGGCGAAUGCCGCCUGUCACAUGUUGGCCGAGAAACUGUCGGAGUUUUGCCGCACUUCGGAGUUGUUGAGGGUCAUGUCCGAGACGUGCGACACGUCGUCAAUCCACGACAAUAUCGUAAAAUAUUGCAACGUGAUUCGAGAUAAAGACAAAUCCGGUUCGGAAAAAUUGAAGGUGAUACCGUUCCCGCAGGAAAAACUGAAAGACUAUAGAAUCGUAGUGACUACGUUGGUGUUCGCGGGAAAGUACACAAGAGUUUAUCAUCCGGACGUGGUGUUUUUGGACGAAGCGGCCCAGGCCAGCGAACCGGAAGCGUGUUGCGCCUUAUCGCUGCUAAUGCCCGACAAAUUUGUCGUUUUGGCGGGAGAUCCGAAACAACUGGGUCCGGUGGUUAAUAAUAAAGUUUGCAAAAAUUACGGAUACGGUAUUUCUUUGUUAGAGCGCCUGAGCGAUCUUACCUUAUACAAAAAUGACUUAAUAAGCGAUAACAAUUUCACCACAAUGCUCAAACUGAACUUCAGGUCGCAUAAAGAGGUGUUGGCGAUUCCAAAUGAGCAAUUUUACGGCAACAACCUAGAGGCUUGCUCAGUUAUCUCGAACCACGAUCCGUUGGCUUUUACUCGUAUCCAUUCGGGAAUCAUGGGCGGUAAAGUCAACCAGAAAAAGGGAGGAGCAGUCGAGUUUUGCGCGGUUUUGGCAAAAGAGCAACGACACGGACGAUCUCCCAGCUAUUUUAACUCUAGUGAAGUAAACGUGGUUUUACAAUAUGUCACGGCUUUAAUGGCCCUACAAUUUCCCGACAAGAAUAAAAAUCUUCGACCAUCGGAAAUCGGAAUUGUCACUCCUUACAUUCGACAAGUGUAUAAAAUCCGCGAAGUGCUCAGUCCUCUCUACAAGGAUGAAAUUGAAGUGGGCACCACGGAAGCCUUCCAGGGAAGAGAGAAACGUGUCAUAAUAAUUUCAACCGUAAGAGGACAGCACGAUCUGUUGUUGGAAGACAAAAAGUACAAAAUUGGAUUCGUUCAUGAGCCAAAGCGUUUCAAUGUUGCGGUUACGAGGGCGAAAUCGAAACUGAUCAUCAUCGGAAAUCCAUUGAUCCUUAACCGCGAUAAAUUAUGGAAAAAAUUGAUCGAGCAAUCGAGUCGUCUUGGCACCCAUUGCGGCGUCCCGUAUACCAACAGGGAUCAAAAGGAACGGGACAACAUCACAUCCAGAUUCAAAAAUUUGCAGUUGAAAGAUUUCAUGCGCACAUCUUCGUAGAUUAUCUUUUCAGUAUUAUCCGUAUGAUUAUUAUUAAAGUUACGUUUGUUAGAUUAGGUUUUAAUAUAUUUAAAGUGAGUACUGCCAAAGAUUGGUAGUUUUAGGCUAAUUUUAUAUACUUAUUAGUAUAUAAACUGAAAUCUGAUGUUCGUGAAAGUAUAUUUUUCUAUUUUGUAUUACUACAGUUGAUUAAUAAAGAUUAAAAAAAUGUAUA